AUGACCCUAGUACAGACACUGCUGGAGCGGAUGCUCAGCGCCAAGGGCAGUGCAACGCAACAGCAAAUUCUCAUUCGCGAGGAGGACAUACGGACAAUUCUCAAUACCGUUCGUGACGUAUUCAUGUCACAGCCCAUGCUUCUAGAGAUCACGCCACCAGUGAGGAUUUGUGGGGAUAUCCAUGGCCAAUACUACGACUUGCUGCGCGUAUUUGAGAAGUGUGGAUUUCCACCGUAUUCAAAUUACCUGUUUCUAGGUGACUAUGUUGACCGUGGCCGACACAGCGUAGAGACAAUCACUUUGCUUUUUUGUUAUAAAAUUGUGUAUCCGGAGAAUUUCUUUCUCCUUCGCGGUAAUCAUGAAUGUGCGAGCAUAAACAAAAUGUACGGUUUCUUCGAUGACGUAAAGCGACGUUAUAACAUCAAACUGUUUAAAGCAUUCACAGAUGUAUUUAACACUAUGCCUGUAUGCUGUGUUGUGAGCGAGAAAAUCAUCUGCAUGCAUGGUGGGCUGAGUCCGGACAUGACUUCAUUGGCCUCUGUGAAUGAAAUAGAACGCCCGCUGGAUGUGCCUGACAAAGGUAUUCUCUGUGACUUGCUGUGGGCAGAUCCCGAGGAUGAAGUAAAGGGUUUCCUGGAGAGUGACCGCGGUGUGAGUUACCUGUUUGGGGAAGACAUUGUAACUGACUUCCUUGAUAUGGUGGAUAUGGACCUUGUUGUGCGUGCUCACCAAGUGAUGGAGCGUGGUUACGGCUUCUUCGCAAACCGCCAGUUGGUGACCAUCUUCUCUGCGCCGAACUACUGUGGUGAAUUUGACAAUGAUGCAGCCGUCAUGAAUGUUGACGAGAAGUUACAAUGUUCCUUUCUCAUUAUACCUGCUCGCUGA